GAUCAACACUUUCAUUGUUCUUUAACAAAAUAAUUUGAAGAAUUAAGUUUCAAAUCUGGUUCAAAGCAAUACUUCAUACUAGCAUUUCCAUCUCACGCAACGUUACUACUAUAAAUUUACAGUAUUGAUCACGUUCUGUGCGAUCGCUAAGAGUCACCGGGCCGCUGCACUAAAAAGCUUAUAGAAUAUUGUGUUUGUAUAAUGAGAGUUACGCGUAAGCCACAAAACAAAACAUUCCGCUCAUCGUUUAAUAUGUUCUUUGUACUUGUGGCAUGGCAAAAUGCACAUCUUCCGGGAUGAGCACACAGUCCAUCAGCACCUAAAUCAUAUAAAAACCUACAGAUGCAAAUCUUCUCCAUAUAGUCUUUACUCUUAACGCCAUUCGGGAAUACCCAACAUGGCUAGACAAUUUUUCGUAUCGCUAACCGCUCUCCUGAUCGCAGCACCGCUCGCCUGCCUUGCGGAAGUGAAUCCCUGUGUCUUAAAUCCGUUCAAUAAAACAUGCAUCGCGGACAAUCUACGGGCAAAGUACGAAGAAGUCAUUAGUCUUAAGUAUAAAUUUGACGUGCUGCUGAUCGAUGUCCGCACGCCGGAAGAGCUGGCAUGUACCGGAUCCAUUCCAACUAGUAUCAACAUACCUCUUGCCACGGUCUCCGACGAGUUAAAACUGGCACCCAGUCUGUUUCUGUGCAAAUACGGCCGAAAGAAGCCCGGCUUGAACGAUCUGAUCAUAUUCUAUUGCCAUUCGGGAAAUCGAGCUGCAACGGCCGCCCUCGCUGCUGUUCAGCUGGGAUUCAGAAAUGUGAAGAACUACGUUGGAUCUUGGAUUGAAUACGCCACGCAUCAUUGCCUGCCGUUGGACUGUUCCGGUGCUACGCCAGAGCCUUGUAAGACCACAACUUCUAUGUGAGAACAUCCAUUAGUUAUGUGACAAGAUGAGCAACAAACGGGGAUCAAAAUUUAAAAUUCAACACAAAAAAAGUUUUGAAAUGGCAUUUAUAAGUAAUUUAACUUUACCAUCCUAACAUAAUUGAUGGAUUGUUCAAAAUCGAGAAAAUAUAAAGUUUAAAAAAGAUAAGAUUUGAACAAUAAAAUAGUAGAAUAAGGUGAAUUUAUUCUUUUAGCGACAACUACAUCUGUUACUACCACUACUGCUGCCCCAACUACAAGUACUGUUGUAGCCACUACAACUGCUACAUGCAAUAGUAAACCUUCAACUGCUGCUUGUCUUAUACGUGGACCGCCAGCACCCCGAAGAGGACGACUACAAUUGGUACCAUGUAAACUAAUUAGGAUGUUAAAUCCUUGUGACUAAA